AUGGGAAGACCCAAAGUCAAGUCUCAGUAUCCCCCCUCGAGUGCGGAGAGUGAUCGACAUGUCGAAUACAUCCUCGUUGCAUCCUUCGACAUUGACCGUGGGAGUAUCAUGGAACACCAGUAUCCCGGUCCAGUCGGAGGCGAUGAACACAUGUUGGCAGAGCUGAUGCUGCCUGAUCAAGCCCACGUGCGAAGUCAGGAUUGGACCAUCUUCUUCUUGCACAAGGAUGGGGCACCGGAAGAGGGCGAAGAAGAGGGCGAAGACGGCGAACAAAAUGGCGCCGCCUUACGAGCUUCCACCUCGCAGAGACGGAGACAGAGACGAAGACAGCGACAGACCGGGUCGGGUGGACAAAGCCAAGGAAGCUGGCAUGGUGGUGAGGAGAGCGAUGACGAGUCCCUGCUGGACAAUAUAGACGGCCCGCCCCUGGUGUACGUGCUCAACCUCGUCAACACCAAGCAAGACAACAGCGUCAAACGUGGAGCCGUUGUAAAAGCCAUGGCCAUCUGUACAAGGCAUUCCUUUCUGCAUAUCUACAAGCCUCUACUCUUGCUCGCACUGGAGCAAUACUUUGCGCAUCCGGCAUUGGAGACGCUGGCCGGGCUUUACGAUGCCGUCAACUCAAUGGAUCUCAGCCUAAUGCCUCGCCUGGCCUACUACGAAAAGUUCAUUCUGCAGAGCUCUGACGCAAAAGACCUGUUCCUGGAGAAGUUCGAAGCCAUCAUUGACCAGCGUAUGGCCGAGGAUGAUGUCCCGAAGAUUGACAUUCCCCCGACUACUCCCUCACCCACAGCACUUCAGGCAUCACGCAGUCGUUUUGGUCUACCGCGGGAUACUCACGAGUUCGAUUCGAUUGUGCAUUAUGCGAAUGUGCCUGUGCCUGUCAAGGUACCGGUUGCUUUAUUUCCGGAGACCGUCGGCGACUUUUCCCUCAUCAAACUCAUCUCCACCUUUUCGAAGCCGCACUCCACGUCUCCUCAACCAUUCCAACCUCUACAUCCACAUCUCACGACUGGCGGGAGCUUGACCCACCCCAUCAUCGUUCUACUCAACGCACUCUUGACUCAGAAGCGGGUGAUUUUCCUCGGCCAUAACCUGCCCUCUCUCGAUGUCGCACAAGCCGUCCUCGCUGCUUGCUCACUGGCGUCAGGAGGGUUACUGCGCGGCUUCACUAGACACGCCUUCCCAUACACGGACCUAACAAAGAUUGACGACCUCCUCAACGUCCCGGGCUUCAUCGCAGGUGUGACGAACCCUGCCUUCGCGCACAAGAGUGAGUGGUGGGAUCUCCUAUGCGACCUAUCGACGGGCCGAAUGAAGAUCAGCCCACGAAUCCAGCAGCCUGCCCUUACAGAGGGGGUGGCAUACUUCCAUAAUCCUCAGAACGGACAACCCGGCGCCGCAACCGCAGCGACACUUGUCGGAGCAGGCACAAGUCUUGCCUCGAGCCACAGCGGAGCAGGAUCCAGCGGGCCCAACGCCGCCGAUGCCACAGGCGACGCAGCAUUCAUGGCCAACGUACUCCACGCCAUCCAACAACGACACGGAGAGAAUGCCGUGCGAAGUAAAUUCCGACGCUGGGUGUUGAAAUUCACCCGACUAGCAGCAGCAUUCGAAGAGAUCGUCUUUGGCGCCACGAGUCUGCACAUCCAACACUCCAGUCCGGCCGGCACGCCGUCAGCCCACACCAACGGCGCCAGCACGCCCGUCGAAGCAAGCGGCCACGGCUACGUCUGGGCCUCGCCCAUCAGCCGAACCAUCGAGCUCGCGGCCAACGCCACGCGAAUCGAAGGCUGGCGAAUGACGCGCAGCUACUACAAUUUCAUCCAGGAUCUCGCCGCCUUCUACGAAUACCGCCCUGUCAAAGCCAUCGAUGUGCACCAUCUGCACGACGAGCUGGCGAAGCUGCGUCUUACGCAUGAUCAAAGCGCGGCCAUCUACCUCGCCAUCUGUGCGCAUAUUCACACCGAUGCGGAGAUUACGCAUCUCCUCGCUGCCGUGUUGUCUGGCACGACUGAUAUCGCACCAAGCGGCGGUGCGGCGGGGUCUGCUAGUGUAGGCUUCCAGGGACAGCAUGGGCUGUUCUACCUGGCCUUGGGUUUGUUUCAUCCGAAACUGGAGGUUAGAGAGGCGGUGGCAGAGUUGUUGUGGAGGAUCCAGAGGCAUGAGGCGGGGCGCCACUUCUGGGAGGGGUUGGGGAGGUUUGCGCGUGUGGGGUGGGAGAGGAUCAUGACUGGGCGAUUGGGUGGCGUUGGAGAGGAGACGUAG